UUUCUAGUAGUCUGAAUUUUAGAAAUCUUUUUCUAAAAUGGACAACACAGGAUAUAAUCGUUAUGAAUUAUUAUCUUCGUAUGAAGAGGAAGUCGCAGCAGCUCUCUCCUUAAAAAUGAAUCCCGACAUUGGUAACAAGAAACAGAAAGGCUUAAAAAAAGGCGGUACAAAUAAUUCGGAAAAGGAAAAUAAGCCAAUGAUUGGAAAGAAUACAGCUAUUGGUAAAAAAGAAAAAAUCGUUAAAGGAAUCGUAGUAAAUGUUACAGCAAAUGAAAAUAAAGGACCACCAAGUAUUGCCAGAAGCAACGUACACAUUCGUUCAAAUGAAAGUAAUAUUUGUGGUGCUGAGUUUGGCAGCGAUGUUCCCCAGCGCCAAUUGAAGGAUCGUGAAAACAGGGGACCACAACGCUUACGCACCGGAGAAAAAUAUGGAAAGCGUGAAUUCGAUCGUCAGUCGGGAUCCGAUAAAACCGGUGUAAAGUCAGUGGACAAGCGCGAUGGUGCUGGUGCUCAUAAUUGGGGCUCUCCAAGACAGGACAUUGAGGAUAAUAAAUCGGGCAACUUGCCACUGCUUGACGACAAAGAAGACUCGGGCAAUGAACAAUUGGCUGACCCUGUGACCACUCCGGAGGAGGAUGAGUCAAAACAAAUGACUCUUGAUGAAUGGAAGGCUUUAAGGGACAAACGUGUCAAGCCUAACUUUAAUUUGCGUAAAGCUGGGGAAGGGGCUGAUAACUCUGAAUGGAAAAACAUGACUGUUUUAAGCAAGAAAAAGGAAAUAAACAGUGAAGAUAAUUUUGAAUACGACCCAUCGAUGUAUCCCCAACGUGUAGGACGUCUUCAGCACGUUGUCGAUAUUCAAUAUAAUUUUAAUGAUGUACGAAAAAUGGGGUUCCGCAAGGAAUUCCGUGGCCAACAACGCGGAGCCUCUCGACCUGUAUCCUCUUCUGUUAACGAAAGGUUUGGACCAAACAAAUUUGGAGAAAACCGUCGUCCUGGUCCAAAACCUUUAAAAGUUGACGAUGAGAUUCAAUUUCCUAAUCUGUCAUAAAAUAAAAAAAAAAAACCUAAAAGAGAAAUUUUCAAAAAUGACCCAAAAGAAAAAACAUUGGGAA